CUCGCUAAAACGCCUCUGGCUUUUUCCUGUGCCUGUUAAAAUUUGGAAUUCCUGCCACGAGUCCUCUAGGCAGUUCUGCCCUGUGUUGCUAAGUUUUGCAGAAACAAGUUGGAAGAAUGGAUGAAGACUUCAAAGCACAGGCACUUGACUCCACUCUCCAGAGUCCAUCAGAGACGUUACUUUCCAUUCGACUGUUGGACUUCAAAACGAGUUUGUUGGAGGCAAUAGAAGAACUGCGGAUCAGAAGGGAAACGGAGACUAAUUAUGAAGAUCAAAUAAAUAAAAUUGUUGUAGAGAAACAGGAACUUGAAUGGCAGAAGGAAACUCUGCAGCAUCAGACGGACAUGCAGCAACAGAACAAAGAAGCUAUGGCAGCUUUCAAAAACAGCUACAGGCAAGGAUGUUUGCCAUGGAAGAAGAAAAGUACAGUUUUGUUGAAAGGGAAAUACCAACUUGCUGUCGAAACAAAAGAAAAAGAAAUCGAUGGACUGAAAGAAACAUUAAAAGCAUUACAGGUUUCAAAAUACACUUUACAAAAGAAACUGAAUGAAAUGGAUCAGAAAUUACAGAUGCACUUGACAGCGAAAGAGGAGCAUCACAAGAAGCUGAACGAAGUCGAGAGGUGUUAUGCUACUAUUGCAUCUCAGUUUGGAAUCAUAAAGGGGGUCCAUGGAAAACUAGAGCACAGUGUGCAGGAAGCCAUACAGCACAAUAAGAAACUGACAGCAGUGAACAAAAGACAAGAGACUGAAAUAAGUAAUCUGAAGGAAGAACUGAAGAAAGUAACUACAGACUUGAUAAGGUCCAAGGUCACAUCUCAGUACAGGGUGGGAGAAGAAAACAUCAAUCUUGCAGCGAAGGAAAAACAGUUUCAAGAACUGCAGCAAAAAAUCAGAAUGGAGACUGCAGUUAGUAAAAAAAUUCAAGAAGAAAACACUCACAUUAAAGAAGAAAAGCUGGAAAUUCUCAGCUCUCUCCAGUGUGUGCAGGAGCUCCUUCAGCGAAUAACCCAAACGAAUGUCAGAAUGGAAAGUGAAUUAAAUGCACUGAAGGAGGAAUAUCAGGCCCUUGCAAGAGAUAAUGAGCUGCAAAGGGAGAAGGCAAAGGAAAAUGAAGAAAAGUUCCUUAAUCUUCAGAAUGAGCAUGAGAAAGCACUAAGAACUUGGAAAAAAGAUGAGGAAAACAUGAGAAGAGAAAUAGAUGCUAUUAAAAAUGAGCUGAAUUCCCUUAAAGGACUUCAUGGACAUCUUGGAGAUUAUCAUCCUCCUCAGGGAAAUCAGCAUUCUGAGCAAGUGGAAAAUCUGCAGAUGCAUUCAGCAGUUCAGCCCAUACCAACAAAUGUGAGUGGUCAAGAACAAACAAAAGACAGUGAAAUAGAGGCUAUUCAGAAAGAAAAUGAGUUUAUACAAUCUGUAAUAAGAAAAUAUGGUAAUUGUGGACAUGAAGAAGAAACUGAAGUAAAAAACACAAGAGACCACUCUUCAAACACUGAGGAAUUACAGACAGAACAAAAUUUACAAGGUCUUGAAAACAGUUCUAAGGAUGAAAUUAAUGUUGCUAGUGCUUGUGAAGAAAAGCAAAGGGAGGCUUCUCCCAGGAAUACCCUCUGCACAGAUACUGAUUUAAUUACCCAAGGACAGAGCUCGGAAAUGCAUGUCACUGGGAGCAAAGAGGCAGAAAAUCCAGGAGCAACACAGAGAAUGUUACUGGAUGAAAACAACACAAAUUUAGAACAAAAGCCACAGGCCAGCACUGAGCCAUUGGCAGGAGGCCACACGCAAAGAAAGGCCUUUUUGGACAGUACUGAGCCUGUAGGUGCUGACAAGAAAAAUGGGAAUCAGGAGACCAACUCCAGCAAGCAAGAACUGUGCAGUGCUACAGCUGAAUCAACUUCUGCUAAGGCAGACACAAAAUCAGAUACCAUACAACACAGCAAAAGUGUCCUUACACCUGAAGCACUCAAUCCUGAGGCUGAAGUGGUUCUUUGCACUGAGAAGAACUCUCUGUGUGAGAGAGGUACUGGUGACCAUCAAGCCAAGGAGUUAAGUUUUGGCAUCCUGCUUUACACUAAAGAAAGUUCUCAAACAGAAUACAAAAAAUGUAGCUUGCUGACCAGUGACAAUUAUGUGGGCAACAGAUUACAUAGAACAGAAAAAAACUUAAAUUGGAGUGGUUUCCAUAAACUUCCUCUUAAACAGAUACAUGCAGAUGCUGAAGAUAGAAAUGAUGCCAGAAACAUAAACACAAAUGGUGCACUGGGGAGCAGUGGAGUUCCAGCAACUGAUGCUCAAAAUCUACCAACUGUGUAUGGUGAUAAUGCAAGUGGUGAUGACGCUGUGAAAGAACACAGUGCCAGUGUGUCUGCCUUAGCUACUUUCAAUUUGUGCCCCCCAAAAACUGAACGAGGAGUAAAUGCAGGUGACACGCCCAGCAAGCAGCCUGAACAAGACACCACUAAACAGACAGGGAAUGCUACAAAUAUAAGCACAUUCAAUGCUGAAACCACACCUCCAGUAAAGGCUGAUGGUCUUGAAAUUGCUCAUAAAACCCCCCCAACAGAUAGAGCUGGUACAGAUAAACUAAUUCCAUGCAAAAAAGUUAACGAUGAUACUCAGAUACACUCCAUCAAAAGUGGACAUUCCCUGGAGACUAAUAAUUCAACAAAUAACACAUUGUUAAAAGAGAAAAAAGACUUGCUGAACAGUACAGUUCCAGGAAGGAAGUUUGCUGAGGGUCACCUGAAAGAAUCAUGCUCUUUACCCAUGAGAACAUCUGGAAAUUUAGCAAACAUAACUGGAAGGUCAUCCUUUGAUCUUUCAACCUCAGAUAAAAAAGCUGAGAAAACUCCACUAUACUUCAAUUUUUUAGACCUCGGUUCUUGUUCAAGAGUAAAUCAAAUGAGAGGUCAAGCUACAUGGACUUCAGCCUCCAAGGAACCUUCCCUUUUGAAACUACCAUGGUUGGUGGAAAACACAAAGGUUAUUUCAAAAACACAGUGUCAAAAUCUCAGUGAAAAUGUGGACACGGGAGAAACAGGACAAGGUUCUACCAGUUCUAACAGAGCUACCAACACUUUGAAUACCUCUAAUAUCCACCAAGACCCCCAGGGAGCCCCUAGUGAAGAAUGGAAUGCUAUAGCAAAGACUUUUUAUGAUUCCUCUUUUCCCACAGAACAUGUGAAAGAAGGAUUUACUGCUUUACAGCAGAAGCAGAAGUCUUCUCCCAUGACUGUAACUCCAGCAAGAAGUGAAAAAGCACCCAGAGAUGAGGACAGCUCUGCUCUUCAGAACUCCAUUAUACAAAACCAAGUAGAUAUUGAGAAAUUCCUGAAUUUGGAGAUACUUCAUUCAGCAAGAAAAAGAAAAUAUGAAGAAGGCCAGUGAAAAUGAGUGUCAGGAGAUAAGCAUGUCUUUUAGGCAUAGCCAGAUCACUUACCUAAACCACAUUUGUAGAGGUUUUCCUUUAGAAUAUGGUAUAUAUGUGUACUUUCAUGUUUAAUACAGCAUAUAAACAUUUCUUAUGUUCAAAAAU